AACCUAAUUAUAUCCAAAUAAUUCAUUCAUAAAUUAAAAAUAACCGAUUAUACUAUCAUACUUUUCAGAAACAACUACUAAGGAAUUUCAUAUAGUGAAAGAAGUGCAAAAACAUUCGUUGUCUACACUAUUAUAUAAGUCUCUUUCAAUGCAUCUUACUAAACAAGUAUUAGCAAACUGGUCGCCAAAUCGACUUGGAAACUUGUUCUUAAUAUAACUCAAAGCUGAAAAAUGCUCUUUUUACACUUGCAGUUGUAAUUGGUAGAUCAAAACUAGUGGGAUUGUUGUUGUCGCUAAAAAAUUUCAGGAUAGUUGGGGAAAGAUCGAAUAUGCAUAAGGAGAAAAGAGACCCGAUUAGUUCUUUAUUGCAAUUGGAAUGUCGUUUAUUGUACAAUAAAUUAAUUUUAUGUCAAUUUUGGACAAGUAAUGAGUUGUGUUGUAGUGACAAAGUACUCUAAUACUACCUAUUACGUGUUGUGUUCCAUCGCUAAUAUAAAUAUAUAUGAUGUAUUUUUGUUCCACCAAAAUUUACUCAUGUCUCGAGACAAGGCCUAAAGGUCCUACCUCCGCCAUUAUAUACGAAUAUUACAAGUGUUUAAUACGAGAGUCAUUAAAAGUGAUAGAGAACCCGUUCGAGUCUUCGAGACAAGGCAAGGCAUGGCCGAGCCGCCGCCUCGCACACAAACCGUCUCUCUCGCGUCCUUCUGUAGUCACCCACUCAGACUCGGUUUCUGUUUGUCUGUUUCCUUUCUUUUUUGUCUAAUAUUAUCCAGAUGGAAAACAAUUUCUGCCAGGGUUCCUUUCAGCCGGAAAAUUAACUUUCAAUUGCUUUUUUCUUUUCCGAUUCCAAAAACCCUAAAUAAAUUCCAACAACAAGAUUCACAGCGGUCCUUCCCCCUUCAUUUUCAUUCGUAGUCAUAUCCUUUUAUCCACUCUUCUUAUCGGAAAUUCAAUUCCCCCUUACCUCUGUUGAACCCGAACCCUCUAUUAAGCAAGCCGCUUUCCUUUCACCAUUACCAUCCUUCUCGUGUUCUUCUUCCUCUCCGGCGUAUAUAAUCCACCUGGGCUAAGAAAAGAAGACUCUCCCGCCGUCUUUGGCUUCCCCUGAGGGGAUUCCUGCUGGGUCAUGAGCUCGCGCGGCCAAGGUUUCUCUCCAUCUCAAUCUCAUGCUGCAAUUUGUGUCCUAAUUUUGUUCUAGGUGUUUGCUUCGGGGCUAGGGUUUCGCCUGAUGGGUUGUGGAUAGGUUGGGUUUGCUUGUGAUUUCGGGGAACUAAUUCUGGUGGUAGAUAGAAGAGAAAAGUGGGUGUCUUUUCAUUUGGGCAGUUUGUUUUUUGUAUAGAGAUUCUGGUAAUGCGUUUGACUUUCGCUUAUGCUUUGGUGUGGAUAAGGUUGACCGAGAGUUAGCCUCUCUCUGAUUGGCGAAAGUGAACAAUAACCUGGGAGCUGUCUGUUGUUGUUAUCUUAUUGGUUUAUGAGAGUCCCGUAGAUUGAAGAGCGGUUCUUUGAUAAGGAUUUUACUACUUGUUCUCUUCUUUCAUGCUGAAGUUGCUUUGCUUCUGUCUGUUAUCUUUGAUUGCUUAUCUAGCAGUUUUCUUUGUUUCCUUAGGCUCCAUUGGAUAGAUGUGUUGGUGCUUAAAACCGGAGCAGAAUGGCUUUGGCGACGCAUCAAAUGCGGGGUUCAUAUGUAGCAUUUCCCUCAAGGCCUUCAUCAUGGAGCAGAGGUGUCAAAUUAAAACAACAUGUCAUGUCACUUCACAUGGUUGGGAGAUUAGAUAGGCGUUUCUCAGCAAAGUGUUAUCUUCAUUCAAGUGUAGGGAUUGGUGUUCAUGGGCUCAAAACAAAACUGCUGCGAGUUUCGUCCUUUCAAGGUAGUGCAAAGAACGAUGAUGCAGGGGGCAGAUCAAGCUGGUCCAAGGGUUCAAAAAAUUCUGUCAAAAUUUCAUAUGUCUCAGAUGAUAGUGGAGAGAGCCUCAGAGAGCUUCCGAAGGCUCAAAGUGUUCCAGUUUCAUAUACGCCUGAACCAAAUGAAGGAGUUGGAGGAUCUCCUGCUAUUAAUAAUUUAUUCAAGAAAUGGUUAAACCUGCUGCGGUCACAUUCGUCUAGUCAGGUGGCUGAUGGUAUCUUAGAGGGACCAGGUCAAAGGGAAGAAGUAGCUCAAACUCAAAGUAUUACUCAGGAGACGCAGAGACGUAGUUUUCUAUCCCGGGGUUUCCAUCACUUUUGGCAGCUGGAUGCAACAAUAAAAAUACCGAUACUGCUAUUGUGAGUAUAUUACUUCUGCUAGUAUCUGUCUUUAUUUACUGCUAUUCAGUGAUUGUUCGGUAAAAUUGAACUGGAGAUUGGUGUGCAUAAUUAGGGAUUUGGUACGACUACUGAAUAUGUGGUUUUGAAUUAGAACAUGCUCACCUGAAUUUAUAUCAGUAUAAGUUUUUCAUUACCAUUGGGUGAUUAAAGGGAUCGAAAUGAAUUAUUUGGACAAUGGUGACAAGUAUAACUUUUCUAGUAUUUAGGAGUUGUUUGGAACCUGUGAUUUGAGAGUGCAUGUAGUUCAAACACAUAAUUUUUUCGGUAACUAACUCUUCAUUUUUUGCACAAUACUUUUUAGAUAUAUAUGCAUUUCAAACAAGAUGAUGCAUCUGAUAUGCCUCAUCUCAGCUUCUAGGUGAAGUCAAAUGCUAAAUUUGUUCUGGAAAUGGAUUAUAUAUUAUUUCAGGCAAGAGCUAUUUCUGAUUAAUGUAAUUAAACCAUCUAUUGCAAUUUAGGAUGGUUUUCUUUUUAUCAUCUGUGAAAAAGAAGGAAAACUUUGUCUAGAAAUUUUAUCAAGUUACAGGCUCGGUAGAUCCAUAGACGAGGGCAGGGAUUUAAAUUGUAGCAAUUAGGAAUGAGGCUUUGUUUGAUUCUAUGGGAUUGGUGCAAUUCAUACUGAAAGACCCUUUUGAUGGUCACGACACUUUGGAGCUUGUGCUUUGUCCUUGUCAAUAAUGUUAGGGUUUUAUUGCCUCCUGUGAGUUGCAUUACAAAGAUGGUCACUUCUCAAUUCAGCUAGCUUUUGAUUUGGCAAUGUACCAACUGGGUUUCCUGUAUUUGCAGUAUUCCGUUGUAUCUUGGCAUUACUGCUAUAUAUGGAGUUGAAGUAUCAAAGGAAUUGACUCCUUUGUGGAUUUUGGGUCCCCUCGUCGCUGCUCUCUAUGUCAAGCUGCUACAGGGUCUCUGGGCACUUUACGUCUUCACCUUUCGACAGACCGUCAACAUAGUGAAGAAUUUACCUACUUACUAUCAAGUGGCAUGGAGCUACAUUGCAGGUGGGAAGCUCAAAGAAGAAAUCGGUGCUCGUUUCAUACAACCAAUUGUGACAAUAAAGAACUCGGACCAUAAAGAAAUGGGGAGGCAAAGGAUGAUGGUAUUCAAGGAGUGGCUGACUGAGAAGUACCUUGACUUUGUGGAAUCUAUAUGGCCCUACUACUGCAGAACAAUUAGGUUUCUGAAGAGGGCAAAUCUCAUAUGAUGUUGGGUAGUUUCAAUGUUGUAGAAGGAUGAAGUUCGCGAAGUUGGAUUUCCGGCAGAACAUGAUGAGGUUCAAUGAGAGAGAUCUUUGGAAUACAGGGAGGGCUGGCGAAGAGUGACCUUUAGAUUGGUGAUUCAUCCAUCUGCCUUGGUUAAUCCCUUGUGUUGUAGCAUGUUCUUUUGAGGGUUCCAUGAGGGCAUGGAACAAAGUUUCGACACCAUUUUGGCUUAUGAUUGAAUAGCCAUUAUUAUUCUUUUUCCCCCCACCUUGUUUCUAUUAAGUGGUGACUUGCUAUCAGCUGAGAAUUUGUCUGUGCGAGAUCUGCUCUAUUAUCAGCUGUAUGUUGUACUUUCAUAGGCCAAGUUGACCCAUCUGCAAAAAGAAUAUUUUGGCAUUCCUUCAAAUGCUAUUAUUGAAAGACGAGCGAUGAUAUUAUUUACUUUCAUUUAGGUUACUAUUAACUUCCAUGUUUAUUGUGGUGAGAGUUAGUUUUUGGCUCGCUUUUGCUUUUUUUGUCUUCAAAUGUCUCGAAACUUGGUUCCAACCUUCACCACAUCAUGCUCUAGGACUUUAAAUAUGACAAAUGAGAACAACCAAGAUCAAGUAUAAAAAACUCAAAUAUGUGUAAAUUAGUAUGAAUAAGAAACUAGCAUGAUAUAUUCAAAAAACACAACCACGGUUAAAUUAACACAUUUCAACUCA